AUGUGGAUACCUCAUUCGGUACCAAAGACAACUUUUCACCAGUUUAUCCCUUCAGAUGCAUUUGUCUCAUGCAGGUUGUGGACGAAUAAGGUCGAGCAUGUUAUAAGCUCUGUGAAUUUUAGCUGGGCGGAUUGUAUGCCAAAACCAUUAAAGUUACUUUGCUUGGACAAUAUUUCCAAACAUUUUUCAUGGUACCCCGAACAGUUGUUCGAGUGGAUUACUUCUAAGAACACAGAAUACCUCGUGGAAACACUUAGUACAAGUUUACCGAUAUCUUUAGUCAUCCAUGUCCCAGGUGAUGAGUAUUGGCGUCGUCGGCACGACAACACGUGGCCGCCAAACAACGUUAAAUCAAAGCAGCGGAACUCUGCAUUAGUUUCAGAUACCAUCAAAAAUAUUUACAUAACAAAAUAUGUAUCGGAAAUAAUUGAAAACUUAGAACCUGGGUAUGUCGAUGAGAUUGAGCUUUCCGAGAUAUUGAAGGUUUGCAGCCCAUACGUCACUGCUAUAGAUUGUAAACAGCUGCGUAUCCAGAGUUCGAUGGUACACACAUUGGAUGACGAUGAACCUAAGGGUAUUUUACCCCACGAUCCAAUUCACAUAGAUAUGAGAUUCGUGUUGGGUGUUUUAAAAAACAUUAGGGAUUUAAGUCUGGUUUAUGGUUCCAGGACAUUUACACUCGAACCCAAGACGUAUACUUCAGAACAGUAUAGGUUCAACAUUGAUGAUAUGGACACGCUUGGUCGUGGCUUGGUAAUAUCGGAACAUCUGACAAGCUUGGCCAUUACUAAAAGUGAAUUAAAUAUGGCAAAGUUCAACAGGCUACUACCAUAUUUGAUGGAGUGCUGUAGUCUCGAAGAGAUUAAUUUUUCCUUUUGUAAACUAAAUUCACUAGGUGGAAAAUCAGUAGCACAUUUCAUAAAAACUGCGAAAAUGUUAAAGCUGGUAAACUUAUGUGGUAAUAAUAUCGGUGCAGAUGGAGUUGAAUCGUUAUCAUUUGUUAUGUUAUGGAGGCGAAAUAAUGACUACCCGGCGAUUGAGUUAAAUUUAAAUAUGAACAAUAUAAGUGACAUUGGUGCCAAAUAUUUAGCAUCUGCUUUAGCAUCAGGAGUUCAACCUUUGACUAAACUUCGGAUUCGUAAUUGUAAUAUAACAAAAAUCGGAGGCUUAAACAUUGCUCAGUCAUUAGCAUAUGACUGUGGAUUACGUGUUUUAGAAAUAGAUAACAAUCCAUUAACAUUAGAAGUGGCUAUUGAAUUACACACAUUGUUGAAAACAAAUUUGAGUAUCACGCACUUUUCUAUUCAAAAUUGCGAUUUCCCKCAGAGCAUCACAAAAUUUUUGAACAGCGUAGCGUUUUAUAAUAGACACGGAAAACGCUCUGAGUUUAUCUACGUAGAUAUCGAGUACUUAUGCUAUGAUGAGGACGUAGAAGGUGAAAAUAUUUUGCUAGAAGAAGAUACAAUGGAUUCUGAAACUAUUGAAAAUGAGGAGAAGGAAAGAUUGGUGUAA